AUGACGGAGAAUAUUGCCUUCGCCCAAGAGGUCCUUAGGGACUUAAACAGAAAAGUUAGAGGGGGUAACAUAGUCCUCAAACUAGACCUCGAAAAAGCCUACGAUAUGGUCGAUUGGGAAUUUCUUAAACAAGUGCUUAGGAAAUUCAGCUUCUACUACAGAUGGAUCACUCUCAUGGAACGUUGUUGGGGCAACAGCUGGUUCUCAAUUCUGAUCAUUGCUGAAGUUGUGGGAUUCUUCAAAUCUUCUAGGGGCCUCCACCAGGGAGACCCCCUCUCCCUAGGUUUAUUUAUUCUAACAGCAGACGCCUUCUCUAGAAGCUUCAAAUUUAUGAUGGUUAGAGGGUGGAGCCAGCUUUUUCAGAUCCGUAGGGGCUUCCCUCUAGCCUCUCACCUCCUUUUUAUGGAUGGCACUCUCUCGUUCCUUAAUGGGAGUAGAGCCUCUAUUCUAAGGGUCAAGGCCCUCCUGAAUGAGUUUCAAGCAGCCUCAGGGCAAAGAAUUAAUCUUAGUAAGACCUCUUUUAUCUGCCUAGACAAAUUGCCAGCGGGGAGAAUCAUAUCCAUCGAACGGGUUCUCGGGAUUAACAGAUGUACUGCCAGGAUCUGCUAUCUAGGAGUCCCUCUCAGCAUGGGCAGAAUAAAAAGUUCAGACUUCCAGUUCCUUUUGGAUAAAGUGGACCAUAAGAUCAGCAGGUGGAAAGUUGGACACCUUUCCCAAGCGGGCAAGGCAACCCUCAUCCACCACAUCCUUAGUAGCAUCCCACUCCAUGUCAUGGCUACAGGGAUAGUUCCCACGCAGGUGAUCUCUAAGCUGGAGAGAAGUUUUGCAAGAUUCUUUUGGGGGUGGGCAGAUGGUAGGCAAAAACUCCACUAG